AUGUUACCAGACUGGACUUGUUAUGCUGAGGAUGAUCCAGAGGCUCUCUCCUGCCCAGAACACCAGGAGGGCUUUGAUGGCUCCUGCUAUGAAUUUGUGAGUCUGCAGCAAUCCUUCCUCAGUGCCCAGGGAUGGUGUGAGCGAGGUGGAGGACACCUAGCCUUCAUCCUGAAUGAUGAAACACAGCAGUUCCUUCAGAAGCACCUGGAGAUGGAGAAGAACUGGUGGCUCGGGCUGGCACCGGCGGCUCCAAACCUCACACUCGACGCUGCAGCCUCUGAAGGUUCCCUUGCAUGGCUGGAUGGCUCAGAUGUCAGCUAUAAUAACUGGGUGAACAUGCCAGAUGAACAAGCAGACUGUGGACAUAUCCUGAGACAGUCAGGCUUCCAGUGGGAAGCCACAGGGAACUGUAGCCAGGAGCUGAACUUCAUCUGCCAGUUUGAUUCUGGGAAAUCUAUUGCAUGUGAUGGACAAAAUGCUACAUUGCAGUGUGGUUCUGGUCAGGUUAUAGAGAUAGACGACAGCUUCUAUGGCCGGAAAACAAUUCACUACUGCCGAUCCAUACUUUCCACCACGGCUACAUCUUCCCAGGAGGAGUGCAGCUGGAUAGAUGUGGUAGAUUCUGUGACAGCCCUUUGCCGUGGACUGCAGUCUUGCCAGGCUCCAGUGGAUCUGAGCUCAUUUGGUGAACCCUGUCCUCUGCUGGGAAGUUACCUUUCAGUCGAGUACCACUGCAAACAUGGGCUCAACUUAUUGAUGAGUAAACUGGCAGCCGUCUUUGAUAAUGUCACCAUCACUGUGAAGUGGCUCCUUCAUCCAUUUCAAGGAAACCUCACAUGCACACUGAAUGCUGGAGAUGGCCACAUUAUUGAUCCAUACAGCCCAGAGGAGAUGGAGAGCACAGUUAUACACAAAUUCAAGCAUCCUGGUGUUUUCAUGGUCGGAGUGGAAUGCUCUACGAGUGACUGGCAUGUUACAGCUCAGAAAGCAAUAACCAUUCAGGAACCUGUUGGAGAAUUUGUUGCCAUUGAGUGCUAUGGCUGGAACAUAACAGAAGGUGGCACUAAAUGCAAUGCACAGUUUGGCAGGCCUGUUCAAAUUCAGGUUGAGGUGGAGGCAGGAACAAAUGUUUCUUACAUAAUUCAACAUAAAGGCCAGUUGGUUGCAAAGUCAUCAGUGGACAGAGGGAUCACACCACACAACAUUACACUGAAUGCAAGUGCAGUGGAGCAGCUCGGACACGGCUGCUACAACCUGACUCUAACUGCCUCUAACAGGGUCACAGCCCACACAGUGUCCACUGAGCUGGAGCUGUGUCUGCAAGAGCCUGUUGAGGGACUAGAGGCCUCAUUACAAGCAGAGGAUGGUGAGUGUCCAGACUCUGCUGAUCUCAUUAUCCAUGUUUCACUGGAGCAAGGAGCCCCUGUACAGCUUCUCUUCACUCUGACUGGAGCCAGUGACACUCUCUCCGAGACCAGAAACAUGCUCAACGACAGCUUACAAUUUUAUACAUUCGCCAGCCCAAUUGAAGGACUUAUGAAAGUGAAAGUACGAGCCAUGAACGCCUUCUCAGCCUCUGAUGCUGAUGUGGACAUAGAGCACAUACUCCAGGCUUGCCAGAAUUUCUCUGACUUUUCAUCAGAAGAACGUGGAAAUGCAACAGAUGAUAUGAGUGAUGACGACUCCUACGACUUGAAAAUCAAUGCUACUCCAGAAACUUUGGUUGACUACAAUCAGAGUGUCACACUGACAGUUAAUGGAAGUGAUUCAUUACCCAGCGAAGGACUCACAUUUAAAUGGCAAUGUAAAAAAAACUGCAAAUGCAGAGAACACGCAACGAAUAAAACUCAUAUUAUUAAUAAGGAUUGCCUCCCAAAUCCAUUCGAGAUAAUCAACUACAAGGUAACUAUGAGGAAAACAAGCUGGUUUAGGAGGCCGGUUGACCUUGCUUCAGCUUCUAAGUGCAUCACUGUUGCUCCAAAGGAAUUCACAGACAUCACUAUCAGCUGUGAUAAUUGCACUUCGAUAAAUGUGAACAGCCACGUAAAGCUAAGACUGAGCUGUGUGACAACUUGUCCAGAAAUAGUUUGGUAUAUUGAGGACCCUGCGCCUUUGACAGGUAGCUUCAAAAACUGUUACUCCAGAGCAGGAAGAAGGCCACCUAUUGAGAAGCAGAAUGGCAGCACUGAAUUUAUUGUACCCAGCCGCUUUCUAAAAGUUUCAAGAGACACGUUGCAAAACAUCAGCGUGAUUGCUUAUGGCAAUAAGGAGCCAGGCUUUGCCAAGUACACUCUACCGAUACCAGGUCCAGAGCCAACAGAACCAGUACCUACUGAGACAUCUUUGGACCACAGCAACGCCUCUUGUAGCAUCUUUCCACUGUCGGGAACGGUGCUCGAUGCUUUUGAUAUCACCUGCAAAGCAAGUCCUUUCUGCUCUACAGGCUGUCUUUACUGCUUCAAAACAGACACUGGCAAACAUCUGCGCUGCAGCAAUGCAAAUGAGGUCAAAUCUGUCUUCCUGCCUCUUGGAGAUAAGAACAACAAUUACAGCUUGUCUGUUGUGGUGACUGUAAAAAAUGAGUACAAGAAAGCUACCACCACUGUUACCAUUCAGGUACAAAAAAGCGACUCAAGUAUCUCUGUGGAGAUUCUCCAGUCUGCAGUGAAGGACACUGUGACUCAGUUAGAGAAACAAGGUCUGCUGUCCGGUGAGGCACUUGGACAAAUAUUCACUUCAGUGUCUGAUAUGCUAAACACAGAGACUGGCGAGGGUCAGAAGGAUGCGAGGAUGAAGCUUAGAGAGCAGAUGCUAAGCAAAAUGACCACAGUUCUGCAGGACUCCCCCACCAACACAAGUCAAGAAGUACAAGUGACAGCCAGAGCUGUGGCUGGACUCACCCAGCGCUCAGACGAGCUCACUCUCUCUGCUCAAGAAGAAGCGGGUUCAUUGUUGGUCGACCUCAGCUCCUCCCUCAACGCUAUCAGUGUUAAUCAGGAUGGUGGUGAUGAUGGAGAAGUUGCACAAGCAGCUACACCAAUAGUUGAAGCAGCCAGUAAUAUACUGAAUGUUUCUUCAACUAAAAAAGUCUCAGAUUUUCUUCUUAUUGGGAUAAAAAAUGUUCAGAGUGCUUUGUUGAAUAAUAAGAAACUAAAUGGAGACCCCGCCAUCAUUGAUUCUGGUCAGAUCAGUCUGUAUGUCAACAGAGUGUCUCCAGGAACCAUGCGGAUGCAAGAUAUAAAUGUCCAGAAGAACAGCUCAUCCAGAUUUUCCUUUCCUACUCUGCCUGCUGACAUCCUCUUCCCAGAAGAGCCAGUGGAUGUGAGGAUGAUGAGUUUUGAGAAGAAUCCAUAUGCUUGGAAAGAGGAAAACAUCACAGGAACUGUAGGAUCUCUCUCUCUUACCAGAGUCAAUGGUACAGUCAUCACUGUUGAGAACCUGCCUGAUGAGAUAGAGAUUCUCCUUCCGAGGCUUGACGUUGGGCAAGAGAACAGUACCGUUUUGGAUCUGGCCAAUUUCAGCACAUUAAUAAUUGAUGUUCCCUCACCUGACGUAACACUGGUGCUGAAAAUGGAGCCCUCUGAAGACAUUUCCUUCAUGCUAUUCCUGGGAUACAAAGAUUAUCCAAGUGAUGAGAAUUAUGUUGCCAAGACUCAGAUCCCUCUUGAGAACGCAAAAGAAGAGGAAAAAUAUACCUGGGUGCUGGGUCCCGAAGACAGAACAGGAGAUGUUGGAGUGCACUUCCUUGUUAUGAAGCCUGUUGUAGAGCCAGGCGUCAAAUCCAUCAACGCCACUGUCAAUGUCAUUACCAUCGCUGCCCAGUGCAAGUACUGGAAUGAAACACAGUCUUCUUGGAGUGAAGAUGGGUGCAGGGUGACUAUAGAGUGUGAUCCACUGCUGCUUUUCUUUUUUCUACAGGUUGGUCCUCUCACAACACCUUUGGUCACUCAGUGUCUCUGUAACCACUUAACAUUCUUUGGGAGCUCUUUCUUUGUUAUGCCGAACUUGGUGGAUGUGUCACGCACGGCAGAACUUUUUGCUACCUUUACUGACAAUCCUGUGGUGGUGUGUUUCGUGGGGGCCAUCUUUGCUGCUUAUAUCAUGGUGGUUGUGUGGGCAUGUAGGAAAGACAUCCUGGACUCAGCUAAGGUCAAGAUAACAGUGCUUGAGGAUAAUGACCCUUUGGCUGAGUAUCGCUACAUGUUGACUAUCAGUACGGGGCAUCGGCAUGGUGCAUCCACCUCCUCUCAGGUGACAAUAACUUUACUGGGCACAGAAGGAGAAAGUGAGCCUCACCACCUGACAGACUCUGAGAAGCCUGUGUUUGAGAGGGGAGGGGUGGACAUGUUUCUGCUGACUACACACUUUUCCCUCGGAGAGCUGCAGAACAUCAGGCUGUGGCAUGACAACUCUGGAGUUCAUCCUGCAUGGUAUGUCAACAAAGUGAUGGUGCAGGAUCUGGAGAGUGGUCAGAAAUGGCACUUUCUGUGUAACUCCUGGCUGGCUGUAGAUGUGGGAGAAUGCUCUCUUGACAAGGUUUUCCCAGUAGCAACAGAGGAGGAUUUGAAGAGAUUUAGUAAUUUGUUCUUCAUGAAGACCGCCAAGGAUUUCCGUGACGGCCACAUCUGGUUCUCUGUCAUUAGUCGACCUCCCUGCAGCACUUUCACCCGUGUGCAGCGGGUGUCCUGCUGUUUUUCUCUGCUGCUGUGCACCAUGCUGACUAGCAUCAUGUUUUGGGGCAUCCCCUCAGACCCCUCUGAGCAGACCAUGGACCUGGGUCAUAUAGAGUUCACCUGGCAGCAGGUUAUGAUUGGAUUUCAAAGUUCAAUCAUCAUGUUUCCCAUCAAUCUCCUCAUUGUGAGUAUCUUCAGAAACACUCGUCCUCGAGAAAAAUCCGCCAAAACAGACACGUCUAAGCAGGGAAAGACUGGCCGAGUCUCUCCCUCACAGACUUCUUCCCCUCAGAAAGAGCAAAAGGACAUCACACCAGACACUGUGAUCAAGGACAUAAAGAGAAUUGCUCAGUCACUGUCAAAGGCCAUGAAGAGUCCACUUACUCAUGUGGAGCUGAGGCCUGGUCAGCCGGCUGAUAUCAACAUGUUGCUGUCUCUGGUGGAGGACAUCAUCAGGCAGCAGAACCGAGCAGCCGGAGAGUUCUACAACGACGCCUCCAAAAGCGAACGCUCUAUGACCCUCAGCUUAGGUGCAGUCAAUCUACAAGAGAACAGUGUGUGGAACAGCCCAGAGAGGACUUCAGAUGGGGUUCGGAAGAAGAGCAUCAACAGCAGGUAUCUCUACAGGCAGCUGCGUCAUGUUGAGAAGGAGCUGGGUUUGCUGGGACCUUCACGUUUUCCAAACCCAGACAGCUACAUCCGAGCCAUGCAGCAAGUUCAGGGAAUGAAGAGUCUGCUGGAGUACCACCUCCCCUCAUCCAGCAUGGAAGGAGAUCAGCUUGAUCGCAGCCCCAGUCCAGAAGAGAGCAUCAAAGGGGACACUAACAAGAAGUGCUGUCAAGGAGGGCUGCCAUGGUGGUUUGUCUUUGUUGGCUGGAUUCUGGUGAUUGCAACCAGCGUUGUGUCAGGAUACUUCACCAUGAUGUAUGGACUGACAUAUGGCAAAGACCGCUCUAUAAACUGGCUCAUCUCCAUGGUGGUCUCCUUCUUUGAGAGUCUGUUUAUUACCCAACCUCUGAAGGUUCUUGGUUUUGCUGCUUUCUUCGCUCUUGUUCUGAAGAAAGUUGACCAGGAGGAGUAUGGAGAGCCUCAGAUAGAUGAUAGUCUCAAAAACUCAGAUGAUACUGACACAGUACGAGCAGCAAGAAGAGACAGCACAUGCAGUUUCUAUCAGCCACCACCCCCAACUGACAUAGAGAAGAUGAGGAGCAACAUGAUUAAGGAGCAGAAAGUCUUCGCCCUCAUUCGGGAGAUUCUGACCUACAUGGGAUUCAUGUGGAUGUUGCUCCUGGUGGCAUAUGGCCAGCGAGACCCCAACGCUUACUUCCUGACUCAGCAUAUACGUCAGAGCUUCAGCAAAGGGAUCUCAGACAGUAUGAGUAUUCAAGAUGUGUUUAACUGGGCAAACACAACUCUGCUGAGCAACCUGUUUGGAGAUCACCCAGGAUUCAUCACUGAUGGAAACUCAAAGUUGGUGGGUAACGCACGUCUUCGCCAGGUGAGGGUGCAGAAAAACUCUUGCACCAUUGCUCCCUCCAUGCAGCAGUCUGUGCAGGACUGUCACGCUGCAUACUCGUGGGAAUUGGAGGACAUGGACUCCUACGAUCCUGGCUGGAGCCCCUCUGUGGCUGAUAAUACCUCACAGAGUCUUCACAGCCCGUGGAAAUACCAGUCCCAGGGUAAACUGAGGGCCUACCCCAUCUGGGGCAGCGUGAAGCUUUACAGAGGAGGAGGGUUUGUCGUGGAUCUGGGGCCAGAUUUACAAAACUCCAGCAGAUCCCUUCAAUACCUUUAUGACAACACCUGGCUUGACGUUUACACCCAGGCUAUCUUUGUCGAGUUCACUGUGUACAACGCCAACGUCAACCUCUUCUGCAUUGUUACACUCAUGCUGGAGACCACAGCCAUAGGUGCUUUCCAGUUCCGCAGUGAGCUUCAAAGUGUGCGUCUUUACCAGUCAACUGGUGGCCUUCACAUCUUUGUUAUGGCCUCUGAAGCCAUCUACUUCCUAUUCAUUAUAUAUUACAUGUUUGUUCAGGGAAAGCUGAUGAAGCAGCAGAGAUGGACUUAUUUCAAGACUAAGUGGAACCUGCUCGAGCUGGCAAUCAUCAUUCUCAGCUGGAGCGCUCUGUCCGUCUUCAUCAAGAGGACUUUACUGGGGAAGCGGGACAUGGAUUUCUACCAGAACAACAAACACCUAUAUGCUAGUUUCCAUGAGACAGCCAAGGCUGAUGCAGUGCUGGGGUAUCUGAUUGCCUUCCUGGUGCUGCUGGCUACAGUCAAACUGUGGCACCUGCUGAGACUAAACCCCAAGCUGCACAUGAUCACAGCAACACUGCAACGAGCCUGGACUGAUAUCUCAGGCUUCCUGGUAGUCAUGACCAUCAUGUUCCUGGCCUACUCCAUUGCUUCUAACCUGAUGUAUGGGUGGAAGCUGUACUCCUAUCGGACUCUUCUUGAUGCUGCUCAGACCAUGGUCAGCCUGCAGCUGGGCAUUUUUAACUAUGAAGAGGUUCUGAAUUACAAUCCAGUGCUGGGUGCUUUCCUCAUCGGCUCCUGCAUUGUGUUCAUGACCUUUGUGGUGCUGAACCUCUUCAUUUCUGUUAUCCUGGUGGCAUUCAGUCAAGAGCAGAUACAUCAUAAGCCAUCAGAGGAGGAAGAGAUUGUGGACCUGAUGCUGAUGAAACUCGGCAGUCUGUUUGGACUCAAAUGUAAGAAACAAGGUGGCGACAGCCCGACUGAUAGGCCAGAUAUUUCACAUGCUUCAAAUAAUGGACUGUCAACAAUUUCUUUGGGACAUCACAAAGAUUGA